GAAGAGAAGAUCUACAACGGCUAGAAAUAGAAACUUAAUGUGCUAUUAAUGACAACUAACCAACUAAUUAGAAUCUUCUAUAUGAACCGAAUCUUCUACAGCAAAGCACGGUCAAUUCAAAAUAUUCAUCUCGCUCUCCACAUGGACAAGACAUAUGAUUAUGAAAGUAUAUAAAUAAAUAAAUAAAAAACAGAGCAGAGAAAGACAUCUGAAUUCUUCUUGUUCCGAUACCAUUGCAAUUUGUGAACAGCUUCAAUCCAAUUUCCCAAAACCUCUUAGAAAAUUCUGCAAAACCCACCAAACAAAGAACACCAAGAAAGACAAAAAGCGGGCAAGACUACAAAGCAAAACCAUUUUCUUCUUCUUGUUUUCUUUUUUUUCUUAAACUCUCUUCUUCUUGUUAGUCAAAUCAUUUCCAUAUAUAAGCAAAACCAACCAAGAGAACCUUUAAUAUAAGAAGUAAAAACAAAGAAACAUGGUUUUCAUAGCUUCUAUAAUUGCCUCUCUCGCACCAUACUUAAUCUCAGCAUUACUUCUCUUCCUUCUGCUCGAGCAAGUCUCUUACCUCUUCAAGAAACGAAACAUCCCUGGCCCUCUUUUCGUCCCUCCUAUUAUCGGAAACGCCGUUGCACUCGUCCGUGAUCCCACUUCCUUCUGGGACAAGCAAUCCGCCACGGCUGGCAAAUCAGGCCUCUCCGCCAACUACCUCAUAGGAAAAUUCAUUGUCUAUAUCAGAGACACAGAGCUUUCCCAUCAAAUCUUCUCAAACGUUCGUCCCGAUGCCUUCCACCUUAUAGGCCAUCCCUUUGGUAAGAAGCUCUUCGGUGACCACAACCUCAUUUACAUGUUCGGUGAAGAUCACAAAUCCGUUCGCCGCCAGCUAGCUCCUAACUUCACCCCCAAGGCACUGUCCACCUACUCUGCCCUCCAGCAAUUAGUUAUCCUCCGUCAUCUACGGCGGUGGGAGGAGAGUACCUCCGGUGGAUCUCGUCCAGUGUCACUGCGACACCUUGUCCGUGAACUCAACCUCGAAACUUCCCAGACGGUUUUCGUUGGACCUUACCUUGACAAGGAAGCCAAGAAAAGUUUCCGUACUGAUUACAAUCUGUUCAAUCUCGGAUCCAUGGCGCUUCCCAUCGACCUCCCUGGCUUCUCGUUCGGCGAGGCUCGCCGGGCAGUAGCGAGGCUAGCGGAGACGCUCGCCAUCUGCGCAGGAAAAUCCAAAGCAAGGAUGGCAGGAGGAGAAGAACCAACAUGCCUAAUCGAUUUCUGGAUGCAGGCGAUAGCCACGGAGAAUCCGCCGCCACCACAUUCCGGAGACGAAGAGAUCGGCGGUUUGCUCUUCGAUUUUCUAUUUGCCGCGCAGGACGCGUCCACGUCAUCACUCCUCUGGGCCGUGACGUUGCUUGAAUCAGAGCCAGAGGUGCUGAACAGAGUAAGAGAGGAAGUAGCCAAGAUCUGGUCACCGGAGUCCAACGCCUUGAUCACCGUUGAUCAGCUCGCAGAGAUGAAGUACACGCGCUCCGUAGCGCGUGAGGUCGUGAGAUAUAGGCCUCCGGCAACUAUGGUCCCACACAUAGCUGCUACAGACUUCCCUCUCACGGAAUCGUACACUAUCCCCAAAGGUACAAUAGUCUUUCCUUCGGUUUUCGACUCCUCGUUCCAAGGGUUUACCGAACCGGACCGGUUUGAUCCUGACCGAUUUAGCGAGACAAGACAAGAGGACCAGGUGUUCAAACGCAACUUCCUAGCUUUUGGAUGGGGGCCUCACCAAUGCGUAGGCCAGCGUUACGCGUUGAACCACCUCGUACUCUUCAUUGCAAUGUUCUCGUCGCUGCUGGAUUUCAAGAGACUUCGAUCGGACGGUUGUGAUGAUAUCGUGUACUGCCCUACGAUAUCGCCAAAGGACGGGUGUACGGUGUUCUUGUCCAGGCGCGUCGCAAAGUAUCCUAACCUCUUCUUGAAUUGAUUUUUAGAUUCUUAAAUUUAUUAUUGAUGGUCAAAGUCAACAGUGUGAUUUUAUAACUUUUCGUGAUGUGUCUCUCGAAGUGAAUGGCCCACGAGUGUGUUCUUGUCUUAUCGAAUUUGAGAAGACAUGUCAUUGUUUUGCCAUGUCUUCACCAUAUUUGUGUUGUCUUCCAGUGUGAAAAUCAGUGAUGUUAUAACGUGUUUCAUACUA